AUGGAUCCUGUCACCGCAAUCGGUCUGCUUUCCGGUGCGUUUCAGAUCGCUCAGUACAUCAAAGACACCGUGGGGGCACUGAACCAUCUAUUUGGCAAAUUCAAGGAUGCCGACCUCACCAUCCUAUCGCUAAUCAGCGAGCUGAAGACCAUCCGAUCGGCCAUCACGCAGCUACAUGAGUGGGCUAGCUAUAAUGUUCGUGACUCAACCGAACCAGACGAAUAUGUCGAGGGACUUGAAGUCGCAUUGGACGGCUGUCGCGCUGUCAUGGAGGUUCUCUCGGACGAGGUUUCAGCUCUGACAAGGGGUGCAAUGCUAAGUGACACCGGGGUCGGAUUUCGUACUCGGGUAAAGGUCGUCUGGAGCGAGGACAGUAUGAAGGUUCAUCAGGAACGACUGCGUGCGCAGGUUCAGGCACUGCAGCUCCUGCUUCAAGCCUGCCAAUGUCGAACAUCAACCGAACAAGUCGAACUGUUACGGAGAGCAGAAAAUCGCCAGAUAAUUGCCAAAGUCGCCAGCGAUACAGCAACAUUACGGUCCGCUUACAGCUACGUACCCUCACGGGCGGAGAGUCCGAGCCUGACUCGUCGCUCAUCAUCCGUGGGGGACACGAUUUUUGACUUCGAUAGGGCAGUGGUGACUUCCCUUCCCUAUAGACGCGCAAUCGGUCAACCACGGACCCAUCCUCCGACGCAACCUGCGGUCAACCGCAGCAAUUACAGCCCACCUAUAGAUGAAGGGUAUGGCAGUGGUACUGUGAGCAGUGCAAGCCCACCCGGAACAAAUGGAGUUCUUCCAAUACAUCCAUCUGCGUCGUUUGACUCUAGCCAUGGCCACAGUAAGAGCGUGUCGUUCGCACCAACUCCUUUACCGCAGAGUCCUACCCAAGUCCGCAGGUGGCAGUCGGAUGCGAGUGGCGCUUCCUGGGGUAGUCGCUCCUCAGGGUCACGGCGUGAAAAAAUUCGGGCCAUCAUUCGGCAACUUAGGCGUCCAAGCUGGUCAGCAACGCAAGCUUCCGUACGACUUCCUGGGCGAAGUCCGUCGGAGCGUCGGCUGUACGAAAGAGAUCUGAAUACUAGCAUCAAUUUGGCAUCGUCGGAUGGAGCGACUGCGCCGCCAAUUAUCAAGGCAGCCCAGUCGGGCAGUCGAUCCGAUGUCGAAAGGCUCCUGGAAAGUGGCCAUGACAUUGAAGCCCGUCAUAUCUCAACCCGCAGGACCGCCCUCCUAGUAGCUUCACAUUGCGGGAAUGAAGACGUGCUGGAUCUACUGCUGCAAAGAAACGCUAGAGUGGAUGCUACCGACAAGUCGGGUUCCACCGCGUUGCACUUGGCGGCGUCGCGCGGUCAUUGCAGGGUGCUAGAACUGCUUCUUCCUGAGUCCUUGGAUAUCGAAGCACGGAAUGCCAACGGCCAGACUGCUCUCUGGGUAGCAGCAUAUCAUGGCCAAGCUGAAGCUACAAACCUCUUACUUGCUUGCCACGCCAAAGUCAAUGCGCGAGCUAAUGAUCAAGCGACCCCGCUACAUUUAGCCGCCAAACUGGGCGAUAUAGUAAUAGCCAGGAUUCUGAUACAAAACGGCGCCGAUUUGGAAGCCAAGGACGGAACUAUGAUGGCGCCGCUGCACUACGCCUGUGAAGGGGGACAUCUUGACGUUAUUGAGCUGCUCCUCAAUGAGAAAGCGAACGUUAACGCAGCUGGGAGCGACCGCAGGACACCGCUCAUAUGUGCAGCUGCCCUGGGCCAGCUGCUGGCGACGCAGCUCCUGCUCAAAAAGAAGGCGUCCACUCGAUCGGUGGACGAUGCCGCUAUGACGGCGUUGCACUGGGCUGCCUAUAAUGGACACACCGAGAUCGUUGAUCUUCUUAGCCAGAAGAAAGGGUUGCUGGCCAAAUCUAACAUUGCAGGACGAACGGCCCUACAUCUGGCUGCAAUGAAGUCACAGUUCGCGGUGGUGGAGUUGCUCCUUCGAAAGAAUAUGCCACUAGAAAAUCGCUGCCUUUCGGGCCUCACGCCGCUUCAUUACGCGUGCAUGGCUGAUAAUUGUGAGGUUACAAAACUCUUGCUUAUCUCAGGCGCCAACAUCGAGGCCCAGGCUGACUCGGAUCAACGUCGACCGGUCCACCUCGCAGCUGUUCGUGGGUCGAUGGCACUUCUUAAUCUACUAUGUGACAAAGGAGCUUCUCUGGACGCUCGCGACGCCGCGGGAGAUCGAGCGCUCUGUGUGGCAUCCCGGUACGGACAUGCAGCUGCCGUUCAGAACCUGCUCGAUCGUGGGUCCCCUGUGUGCCUGUCUUAUGGCGUCCGAUCGGAAGAGGAUUCGCCCUUGUGUCUGGCCGCCAUGGGAGGGCAUGUGCCCGUGGUCACGCUUCUUCUCCAGCGAGGGGCGUCAGCCAUCAAGCGGGACGAACGAGGGUGGCAGCCCUACCGCUAUGCCGCUUACUAUGGCCAUCCAAGUGCGCUCCGCCUGCUCAUGUCCUGUAGUCCCAUGGUUGCCAAAGACGACGCGGAUCUGGGCCUCACGGCAGAGCGAAUCGGAUUUGCGCCGUCUGCGGAUAUUUCGAAUGAAAGGAAGCGGGAAGUACAAAGCUUAUUAUAUCAGAUGCAGCACCCGUCACAGCCAGGAGCCGAAGGCUCCCCGGUCUGGUCCUCUCCGCUAAAGCCCAACCAGCAGCACCCGGUACCUUCUGGAUUCAUCUCCGAUGCCGUCGUAAACCAUAUCCAGCCGUCUCCUACAGCAGAAACGAGUCCUCAGGAGCUGCCCGGAACCUUAGAACAGGGGCUCCCGGCAAGCCGGUCUCAAACGCCAGAACAUAUGCGGCGAGGAAGUAGCGUUUAUCAACGCAUAGACUCUGGAUUUCGCGACGUCCCGCAAAUUCUCGAGGCUAAUGAGCGGGCCUUUGCCCCAACCAAUGAACAGAUUGCGAUGCCUCAGGCGCGACAUUACUUUGAAGUGCCCAGAGGAAAUCCUAGUCCAAGCAGCCCGUGCCUGGAAAGUGUGUUUUCGCAUGCAGGCGAGAGGGCUGGUGUCCGCGCCACAGAUUCUCCUGUCUCUUUGACAGAUAUGCAUGGGCUGAACCCUGCGCGCGCAUCCUGGACAGUACCUCUGAGUCAUGCAGACGGGGAGGCUCAGAAUAAAGAGAGAGAAUGGGACACGGAGUCUUCUAUAUCAUCAGUAUACACUGCACCGGAGGAGGAUGUGGCGGAGCUUGCCGCCUAG